AUGUCAUCGUCUUUGGAUGAGGAUGAACCAAUGUCAAGUACCAGUACACUAAUUCCAUCUGAUGAAAGUGAAAUAUCAGGUUUAGCAGGCGUCAUGAAGGAUCUGGUUAGAAUAAUGGAGAUGAAUAUUACUACUGAUCAAUCCAUCGAAAAGAUUGCAAACCCUUUGCAGAAAAAUGUUGUACCCACUUUCGAUUCAGAAAAUCGGCAAUGCAAUCGUUGCUGGGAUGCUGUGGAGGGCAUGUUCCUGGACAUCAUGAAAGAAAAAGAAAAUAAGCUUAGAAAGUGGAUUUCAGCAAAAGUUUUAAAGACAGUUGGAAUCAACUCAUAUUUAGUGAUGACUUCUGAAGGAAGAGUGCGAUAUGUUCAUGCUGAUCACUUAAAACCAUCAGUUUUACAACCUCCAGAUAUAAAUGGACGGGAUAAUCCUAGUGCUAGUGAGGCAGCUGUAGAAGUUAUGGAAAACCCGGAAGUCUCUGAAACCAUAACGGAAUAUCCUGUUGACCGGAAAUCUAUGGAAAAUCGUGGUUUAAAAAAUAAUGUCCCAUCCUCGAUAGAAAUAUUAGAACCAAAAAGUCCUACUCCUACAUUUCAUACACCUAAAUCUCCUAAUAAAAAAGAUAAGUGCAUAAAAAUGGUUUACUCUAUAGCCGAAAUAAAAAUGGUUUACUCUAUAGGCGAAAGAGUAGAGCUGAUUUCAAUAUUCUUUGCAAAUCAUGAAUCUGCAUUCAGGACAGCUGACAUUCUUAAUCAGCGGCAUCCUGGCAUACAUGUCAAUCGAAACUAUGUCUUAGAAUUGGUGCAUAAACUUAGAGAAACUGGAUCGGUAUGUAACAAAAAGAGAGAUAUUGCAAAUCCAGCAGUCAAUGAAGCAGGGGAAGUAGCUGUUCUAGGUCAUGUCACUCAAGAUGCAACACUAACAAUAUUUGGUGAGAAAAAAUAUUUACGGCCGGGCAUUGAUGACGAUGUAUUACUUCAAUUAUUGGACGCUGAUUCGUCUGACGUAGAAGGCUUUGAAGACGGCGAAGAAAAUGAUGAGUUUGAAGAGAAUGUAGCGGAGAAUGAAGAAAAUAAUGUAAUGGAUUUGGAUGAAGACCAAGAGGAAGAUAUGGAUACUUUAGAAGAAGACCAAGAAGAAAAUAUUGAGAUGUUAGAAGAAGAAGCCGAAGAAACAUCUAGGGAUGGCGUACGAAAUGAAGACCUCGAUUGGGAAUCGGAUGAUGAUUUACCUUUAAGCGUGUACAAAGCUAAAUUAGCAGGAAAAAAUGGCAAGAAAAAAUCCAAAAAAUCAAAUUACACCUGGAAAAACUGUUCCACUUUGGAUGGUGGUAUUUCAGAUUCUUUGAUGCCCACUUUUAUAUGCAUUUCGCAACGUUAA